UAAAUAAAAAUACGUACAGAAAUUAUAAUUCUUUCCUACUUUAUUGUCACUUUUAUUAGCACGAUAUUUGAAGUACGUUACUUUGACAACGACGUUUGUUGAUUGACGCGUUCAGUAUUAGUCGUUUUUGUCUAAUGUCAAUCUGAAGGAUAUUUUCACUCGAUUAGAAAAAUGGAUGGUUGUUUUGGUUAUCACGAAUUGAAAGCAUUGCAGGAAUUAAUUAAUCCUCUUAAAAAUGAUUCAGAUUCCGAGGAUGAUUUACCACAGGCUGGCGCUCAGAAACUUGGACCUGGCGAUAUCGGUACUCGAAAUGGAAAGUUUCAAGACCGCUCGGGCCCACAUGCGCCGCUGAAAGCGGAAGCUGAUGAUAUUUGGCAUCCGUCUGAAGCAGUUGCUUCGCAGAGUACGGAAGCCUACGAUCCAAGAAAGGUGCCGGAAUAUGAGAUGAAAUUUAAGCAGGCGGUGACGGCGGAAGACGUUUUUUUGGGCAUGGGCUUCAAAACGCCAGGGACCGCAUCCUGCGAGUGGUUGUCCGUGUUGGUGAAGAUGCCGCAGGAAGUGCGCGAGAAAAUCGAGCUGUCCGUAGAAACCGAGGCGAUCGACGUGCGGAGCCCAAGAUAUCGACUGCAUCUCGAGACGCCACAUCCGGUUGAUCCUAACGCCUCAUCGGCCAAAUGGCAUAGUGAUAUUUCUACCUUAGAGGUCACCCUCAGACUUGUACGCGAGCUGGACGGCGUAAAUUUUUAAUCAACGUUACGGUAGGCUUUCAAUCCCGACUCUUAUAAAAACUUGAGGGACUUCUAUAUCGAUUGCGAUCAGUAUCUUCG